CUCAUCGUUUUUAAAAGGACGGUCUUUUCCAGCGAGGCCUCCCCCAUUGGCAAACAAGACUCUCGGCCGUUGCAAAGAUGGCACAUCCUACUCUUCUCCGUUUGGGAAACACCAUUGUUUAUCUCUUCUUCUUGUCUUCAUCCAUUUACAACGUCGUGGGCCCUGACGCAACUGAUAUCGGUUAUGGGAAGCAUCCUACAUAUCUUACACCCGCUCCAUUUGCAUUUGCCAUAUGGGGACUGAUCCACACUCUGUUUCUGGGGUUCGUCAUUUGGCAGUGGCUGGGCGACAGCGAAGAAAUCGUUGUCGAGGGCUACGGCAGCUAUUUCAUCAUUGCGGGCCUUUUGACAUCGCUCUGGCAUAACAAUUGGGAGUCCGGCCACCUGAUCUUGUCUCUCCUCAUCCUUCUUUUCGCUUCAGCUUCAAUUACGAUUGUUUACCACAACCUCAGGAAUAUUCCGCCAAGGACAUAUACUCAAUCCCUUUUUGUUCACGCUCCGAUUUCUCUCUAUCACGGCUGGCUAGUGUUUGUGACGUGGCUCAACAUCUUUGCGAUCUUCACAACCGUCCACGACCCUGCCCAUCCUCCGUUGUUGCACCGUGUUUUGGUCUUUUUGGUCUUGCUCCAAUUGACCGGAACGGCUGUGGCAUACACAGAGUUCAAAAACCGUGACGUUGGAGAUAUUCCUGGUGCUUUUACGAUCGCCUGGGCGCUCUUUGGAGUUGCUGCUGGCCAGCAGAGCAAGUUUAUCAGCAUCUCCGCGCUGGUUAUGGGCAUAAUCGUCCUCCUCUACGCGUUUAGGCCACAAGUUAUCAAGCGGAGAAUCGGCGGUGGCGAAAGGCAGCCACUUUUGGGGAGUGCGGCCCCGGACGAACAAGUUUAAGCGGUCAUGACGAUACUGGUCGGUUCAGACGAAUAACUAACAUUUUCUUCUUCAUUCCCACUUCAAUUGGAUAGUAUCUCAGAUAGUUGAAAACAUCACAAAAUCUGUACAUUUACAGUGUCUAUAGUAUCUCAAAAUGUCAUUUAAGUUUGUUUCAUUUUCUGUACGAUUCCGUUGUGUCAAAAAUGGUAGUGUUGCCAUAGCGGA